AUGCCCCUCUUUAAGAAGUCCAAGUCGCCGUCCAAUCCAUCCACCCCUGCUCGUUAUCCUGCCCGCUCGGCUGAGCAACUGGUCCACCCCGCGUUUGUGGCUCCACCAGGCCCCAACACCGCCAACGCCAGCAACCACAACCACAACCAUAACCACAACAGCCACCGUGACGACUACACGGACCACCGCAUUUCCGACUACCGUAUCGGUAACGACGGGUCGGGCUCGAACCCACCAACGUGGCCUCCGCCACCCCAUCAGCAUCCGCAUCAGCAUCCACAUCAGCAUCCACAUCAGCAUUCGCAUCAGCGUUCACCUCCGCUUCAAGAACCCACGCAAUCCUCCUUGCACCGUUCCCAGAGCCAGCGUCAGCCCCACCUGCAACAACGCGACCGACCGACCGUCGCCCCCGAGGAUCCGCAGCCUCGUCGCACCAGAAAGGGCUUAUUUGUGCGGCCGUCGUCCGGCUUCCUCGAUCGCAGUCACUCCGUCAAGGGGAAGACCGUCUCCCAUCCAAUCUCUCAACCGACCUCACCGCAGCACCCGCCUCCCCACCACUCCCUGGCCGACACCACCGAGGAGGAUCAGUACACCCCGCACAGCUACUCGGACGACCCGGCUCCAGUGUCGAACAGUCACUCCUAUGAGCCGCGGUCUGCCUCAAUAGCCUACCAGGAACAACAUCACCCGCAGCCGCAGCCGCAGAUCCAGCGUUCUUCACGCGACAACCUCGAGUGGCCCCCCCCGCAGCCACCGCAGCAGCAACCGCAGCGCCUCCCCCAUCAUCAGCAGUUCCAACGCCCCCUACCAUCCCCUCUCGAGCGCUCCAGCGCCGAGCCAAGCCUGUUCGAGCAAAACAGCAGCCGACCAUCGCCCACCGACGCGCCGCCCGAGUCACCUCGCUACACUCCAGAUCAACAGGGCCACCGGGGCCAGCCCCAACCGCGCAUCCAGCAGGAUCUGGUAUUCAUUUCCCGGCCCCCUUCCCGGCAGACUAUCGAGCCACUUUCCCCAGUCCGUCAGCAGACCCAUCCUGACGCCAUGCAGCAGGCUUCCGCACCGGUGCCACCGCCUCAGGGUCAACAACAACAACAACAACAACAACAACAACAACAACAACAACAACAACAACAACAACAACAACAACAGCAGCAGCAGCAGCAGCAGCAGCAACCACAGCAACUACCUCCUUCGAACGACCGGCCCCCGGGCGAUUCCAGCCGACGGGGCAGUACGGUUCAGACCAUGCCGGAACCGGGACGGGCCACUCCAACCGGAACUCGGAUACGCGAUGACGCUGGCGAAAUUGAUGUGCGAGCAUUGCUGCAGAAACAUGAAGAGUUGCAGACCAAAUAUUCCAAGGUGAAGCGCUACUACUUUGACAAGGAAGCCCAGGUGCAGCAUCUCCAGAACACGGUGGCGCAUCAGCGUAUGGCCGUGUCCCGUACCGUGCUCGACGAUAACGAAUAUGCAAAUCGGUUUCAACGAUUGGACGGGGCGAUCAAGGACUUGGCAUUCUCCGUUCGCAAGGACUGGCGCGCCAUUCCGUCAUGGCUACAGGGCCUGGUGACGGAUGAUGCGACGGCGGUGGGGACCAAGGAGAUGACGGCGGUGGGCCGGGCUGUGAUCAGUCGGUGGUUGGUGGAAGAGGUCUUCCAGCGACACUUCCAUCCGGGCCUGGAUCCCGCUCUAAGUAUUCAGCUGAAGAGCAUUGAGAUGAACUUGCGACGACAGCAGACGCGACCGGCCACGGACGAAGACCGCGAGAACGCGGUGGUGCGGCUCUCGAACUGGCGCCGGACGACCUUUGAUGGGCUUGGUGACACCCUUUCCACACCCGCCGCCCAAGAGCAUCGCGCAGAACUGGUCGAGCACUCCAUUGCGGAGCUUGCCUCCUUCCUGAGCGGCCAAUUGCAUGACAAUGCCCUCCCGGGCUUGGAGGCGGGCGUGCGGAUGAUUAUUGAGAACACCAUCAACAUCACCGAGAAAAUCCCGCUCGAAGCCCGCGACGUUCAUGUGGAGUACUUCCCACCCAACAUCUCCUUUGUCGAGAGAUACAUGAAGGUGGAAGGCGGCCUGCCCCCUCUCACACACCAGCCCCCACCACCAGCAGACCACGCACCCGACGAGUCCGCCGCAGUGGAGGAUGACUCCUCCCCUGGCUCCAACUCCACGGGGGCUGGAGAUAUCGGUUCUCCGCCCACAUACAAGCCGCCCAAGAAAUCGGUUUUCGGCGCCCUGAUGGGCCGCAAACCCGAACCCACCCGUCCCCCGGCCGGGCCUCAACACGAGGAGAAACCCGCAACCGCCGAGGAACGCGAGACCCCGACACGCAUCCGCUUCGCAUCGUUCCUAACCGUCGAGGUGCGCGGCAAGGGUUCGCCGAUGGUCCUGGUCAAAGCGCCCGUGUGGAUGAUAGAGUGA